AUGCCACGCAAAGAAUUUUUGCGAGACCUCGCAGAUGUGGCAGUCCCUGGCCGAUUCCCCUGUAUCUCUGACAUCAGAACAGGGGAAUAUGAUGGAUCAAUUUCCUUCACGUUUACAGCACCUGGGGCAAGCCUCUCUCUUGAUCUCCAGGCCAUAGUGUCAGACUCUCACGACUACCCCAAUGACCAUGGCUUUUUGGCCUUCUCGUCAUCCGAGAACUGUCCCAAGACAGUCAGCUCCUCGCUGGAAAAUGCAGUGCCCUCUUUCACAGGCUUAACCAUCCAUGCUUUAUUGGGCAACAUUGGGAACAUUAUUACCAAGUCUAUGGUUGAUACUGCUUCACCAUCCAGUCACCCAGAGGACCCAGACACUCUUGACUCCAACGAGGACGAGUCAGCCGCCAGCGACACCGAGCCUGACUGGGAGUCUGACAAUGAGAACAAAAUAUUUGCAUCAACUCGAAGUGAGACUCAGUUACGCGAGAACAUUCGCCGUGACCUUCGUGCGGCCAAGAACGCUGGAUUCAAGGUGGGAUACCUGGGGCCAAAAAAUGGUACCAUCAUUGUGACAGUGUCCUGCCGCAUUUCCAAGCUCGCCAUUUCCGAGGAAGCUAUGGAUGCCUGGAGCGUUGAGCCCUCGGAGUAUUUGGUUUUGCUGAUCCGUUAUCGACCGACCUACCUUGAUCUCCAAACAAUUAUCGAGACAGCAGGUGAUCCAAAAAAUCCACCGGUUCAGAUGCAUGUUGGCCUCUGUCAUUCAUACAAGCCAUCCUUAGAGCACGCGAUGGAAGCCAUACAGGGGCCACAGGAUAAACAGACGAAAGACGAGAGUACAACUUCGGACAAAACAAUGAGAGCGACUGCUUGGGAUCAUCAUUCUUCGACUAAAACAUGGGUUCUCAUGGACAGGGGAGAACUUUUCUUCCAGACCAACCAAGGCAGGACUUAUGGUAGCUCUGAGAUAUCUUCUGAGGAGUACUGUCAGCCGGAUUACUGGGCCACUUCGACGCCAGCAAUCCUUGUGGCUGACCAUAUGACUGAACUAGACCGCAAUAUGUCCACUAUGUCUUUGCCUCUUCUAGCCAUGCAGUUUACCCUGCGGCAUUUUGUCAAGUGCACAGAGUUCUGCCUGGUUUGUCACUGCAAGAUUGGUGAUACUUUCGAGUCCCUGAAGCCAUAUGUCUGCUCCAACGCGUUGUGUCUGUAUCAAUACAUGACGCUGGGCUUGGGGCCAAGCCUUGAAUAUGAGAUCCGGUCCCAGCCCUUUGUCGUUGACUUGCUGACCAGCCUGGCAUACGCGCGGGCUUCAGCGGGACUCCUUGAAGACUUCCCGACUGGUCUUCGGCUGCGCGUACCCGAGAAAUUGCUGCCUCGGAAAAAUCCAGAUUCUAUUGCAUAUUACACUGGAGAAUUCAAUGCAACCAAUCUUGAAAUUCGAUUAAACCAGCCGACUCCUGUCAAAAUCGGUGAUUGGAUCGUCAUCAUCGUUACAGUCAUCGAAACAGAAGAAUGGCACUGUCACGUUGAUCAUGUCGGUGAGACGUCAAACUAUAUUACCAUCUCACCUCCGAUUAGCAAAGGCCAUCAAUUGCAGGGAGGGCAACUAGGUGCGGAGCCCCGGCACGUGAGAUUCGUUGUUUACGACACCAAUUUGGACGACUUGGCACCCGUACAAAAACAGCGGAUGAUUUCUUGCCUAUUGGGCAUACUUCCUGGUAUCGGGGACAUGAAGGCCUUCAUCGAAAGCCACGAAAGGGGCAACUUUCUUUCAUCGUGGAGGGCCGUCAUAUCUCCUGCCGGGUUGGACCUUUUACGCUGGAUUGUUUCCUCAAAUCGAUCUUUCAUCAAGCAAGAUGACGAUAAGCAGCAUAAAGUAGCUGGGAUGAGCGAUUACGUCCAAUUCAGACUUGUUCAAGGUGCUGCCGACAAAGAGCAGCGCUUUAUCAACGCGGUCAAUUCCAAUUCCUUGGCCCAGAAUCCGAAUCAUCCCACAAUAUUCGCUUGGCAUGGCAGCUCUGUCAAUAAUUGGCACAGUAUUUUACGUGAGGGGUUUCAUUUCAAGCAAAUUGUCCAUGGCCGUGCCUGUGGCCAUGGCGUUUACAUGUCGAAUCGGUUCUAUACCUCAAUGGCAUACACUGGUACUUCAGCACACUUUCUUCCCAUGUUGUCCGAGAGUCGACUGAAGCUCGAGACGGUGAUCUCUCUGAAUGAGGUCGUCAAUGCUCCCGAGAAGUUUGUAAGCCACAGCCCACACUACGUCGUGCAACACUUGGAUUGGAUCCAACCAAGGUAUCUUUUCGUCAAGCUUUGCAACUUCAACGGACGUGGUACGGCAUGCGGGAGUACGUCAAAGAGUUCGAGAUCCCAGCCAUCGUCCCACAAACAUGACGGAAACCGCAUGUACAAACAAGAUCAGCGUUAUCUGGCCUUGGGCCCAAACGGAAACCAGGUCAAGAUCCCCAUCUCGAUCUUUAGCGGUCCACGGGGGAAAUUCCUUGCUAGAGAAACAGGGCUUACGGACCCUGUGCCGUCACCUAAGAGACGCAAAUAUUCAGUUGAAGAUACUGAACAACAUGACGACGACGACAAUGUUAGCAUUGAAACGGCCGUAGAGGAUCUCAGCAUUCUUUUAUCUGACGAUGAAACGUCUGAAAGUCCAGGUCCCAGCAUGCAAGAAGGAGCUGUCCCAGAAACUGACCUCAAGACUGAUUUCCGACCCGGAACCCUGCAGGACAGUUCUUUGCCUACACUUUCUCCACCUCAAUUUGCGACGAGCUCAGCGACAAAAAUCCUGCAGCAACAUCUUCAGGCUACCAUCAAAAUCCAGGAGAGAGUGCCACUCCACGAGCUCGGAUGGUAUGUCGACCCCAGCUUGAUUACAACAGUCUACCAGUGGAUAGUGGAGCUACAUACGUUUGAUCCAUCUCUCCCACUAGCGAAGGACCUCAAAGCGAUCAGCCAAAAGAGUAUCGUCUUGGAGCUCCGCUUUCCCCCAAAAUUCCCCAUGGAUCCACCCCUUGUACGGGUCAUCCGUCCUCGGUUUGUCGAGUUCAACGCUGGAGGCGGCGGGCACGUUACCACCGGUGGAUCCAUGUGCAUGGAACUGCUUACACACUCGGGCUGGCUACCGACAGCUUCGAUUGAAAGUGUGUUGUUGCAGGUUCGCAUGGCUCUUACCAACAAAGACCCGAGACCGGCGCGUCUGAACCGAGAUCGCACAAAUAUGGACUAUUCGGUAGGCGAGGCGGUGGAAGCCUACAGAAGAGUUGCAGUGGCGCAUGGAUGGCAGAUCUCGAAGGAUAUUGAGAAACUUGCGUGGUGA